AACUGCGUAUAGGUUUGCUGUAGGUUAAAAUAUUUAUUUUUACAAUGGUUUCACCGCGGUAGAUACUUUUGUUAUUUGACAUGGGCAGGGCAUAAAAUAAAACCAUACUGUAUUGCUCACAAAUUACUGUCAAAACACAAAUGAUUCAAAAUUUGAUUUCUCUCGUAAGAUCAUGUACCAAAAAGUCCCAAUUACUCCAAAUCCAUGCUCAACUAAUCCGCAACUCUCUUAUUCAAGAACCCAGAGUUUCUUUCCCUUUCUUGUCACGCGUAGCACUCUCUCCAAUCCAAGAUAUUACCUAUUCCCGCCAAAUUUUCUCUCAAACAUCAAAUCCAUCCGUUUUCCAAUACAACACCAUGAUAAGAGCUUACUCCAUGAGCAGUUCACCUAUUGAAGGGUUUUAUUUAUACCAAGAAAUGAGACAAAAAGGUCUACGUGCAGAUCCAUUAUCUUUGUCCUUUGUUAUCAAGUGUUUUGUUAAAGUUAGCUCUUUAAUGGGCGGUGUGCAGGUUCAUGCUAGGCUUUUAAGAGAUGGGUUUCAAUCAGAUAGUUUGUUACUUACUAAUUUGAUGGAUUUAUAUUCGUUUUGUGAGAAGGGAACUGAAGCGUGUAGGGUGUUUGAUGAAAUACCUCAAAGAGACACUGUUGCUUGGAAUGUAUUGAUUUCAUGUUUUAUAAGAAAUCAAAGGACCAGGGAUGUUUUAGGUUUGUUUGACGAUAUGGUUAGUGGUGAGUUUGGAUGUGAACCAGAUGACGUUACCUGCUUGCUUCUGGUUCAGGCAUGCUCGAAUCUGGGUGCACUUGAAUUUGGUGAAAAGGUUCAUCUUUACAUUCAAGGACAUAGAUAUGGUGAUAAAACGAAUCUUUGUAAUUCUCUUAUAACAAUGUAUUCGCGGUGUGGAUGUUUGGACAAGGCUUAUGGAGUGUUUAAGAACAUGCCUAAUAAAAAUGUGGUCACAUGGAGUGCGAUGAUUUCUGGUUUUGCAAUGAAUGGGUAUGGGAGACAAGCUAUUGAAACAUUUGGAAAGAUGCAAAGAAUAGGUGUUCUGCCUGAUGACCAAACUUUUACCGGAGUUCUUUCCGCUUGUAGUCAUUGUGGAUUGGUUGAUGAGGGAAUGCUGUUUUUUGAUAAAAUGACCCAGGAGUUCGGUAUAGCUCCAAAUAAUCAUCAUUAUGGGUGUAUGGUUGAUCUUUUAGGUCGUGCUGGUAAGCUUGAUCAGGCAUAUCAGCUAAUAAUGUCAAUGGAAGUCAGACCAGAUUCAGCCUUAUGGAGGACAUUACUAGGGGCUUGUAGGAUUCAUCACCAUGUUACACUUGGAGAACGCGUGAUUGGGCAUUUGAUUGAACUUAAGGCUCAAGAGGCUGGGGAUUAUGUUUUAUUGUUGAAUAUUUAUUCCUCGAUUGGGAAUUGGGAGAAGGUAACAGAAAUAAGAAAGCUUAUGAAGGAGAAAGGAAUCGAAACGACACCUGGCUGCAGUUCAAUCGAAUUGAAAGGUGAGGUUCAUGAGUUUGUUGUGGAUGAUGUUUCUCAUCCACGAAAAGAUGAAAUUUAUGAAAUGCUGGAUGAGAUUAAUAAGCAGCUUAAAAUUGCUGGUUAUGUUGCUGAAAUAACAUCUGAACUGCACAAUUUGAGCUCAGAGGAAAAGAGUCAUACACUAUCUUAUCACAGUGAGAAGUUAGCUAUUGCUUUUGGAGUCCUUGCAACACCACCUGGCACAACCAUCAGAAUAGCCAAGAAUCUCCGCACCUGUGUUGAUUGCCAUAACUUUGCUAAGUUUCUUUCAGGGGUUUAUAAUCGAGAAGUAAUUGUCAGAGAUCGUACUCGCUUUCAUCAUUUCCGCGAAGGACACUGCUCGUGCAAUGACUAUUGGUAAUGAUACUUGUACACUUUCAUUGAUGGCAACAUUUGAGGUUGGAUAACACCACCCGAAGUGUCAAGAAGUGGUUGGAAAUUCUUGUUUGGAAAUGUAUUCAUGCAAGUGAAAGGGCCAGCUUGAGCGUAAAAUCAAUCUUUCUAGAAAGGACAUGCCAAUGGUUUUAAUUUGGGCAUUCCUUUUUGCAGAUUCAGGUUCAAGUUCUACUGAGAUUGAAUGGGAAGGUUUUAAAUGGGGAAGGCUAGGGAAUCUAAGCCCUAAGUUAUCUCACAAGGUCAAAUUUGAGAGAAGCAGCAGCAGAAGCUUCAGUGUAAGGCCUUAUCUGCAGUGUAAGUAGGGGCAGGGAUUGAUUUUUUAAACCUGUGUGGAGUGAUCCUGAACCAGAUGCAAAUAAUCAGGGGGCUGUCAGAUCUAUGGUUGCAUCAGUUUUCCUCAAGGGAAUUGUGUCAAUUGCAUAAUCAACAAAAUCAUGUUCAUCGUUUUAUCAGAUAGUUCACAGAAAAAGGAUAGGUAGCCAACAACAGUUCCUGAAGUUAGUGCCUGCUUUUCGGUUACCAAUAUGCUAAUGACCUCAUAUUCACGCAUUUUUUGUUACUAACAAAUAAAUUUACAAGCUAGAUCCAUCUUAUUUUUGUAAGAGUAAAGUUCAGUGCAAGCAACAGCUCUCCGGUUUAUAUAUUGUUUCUGUUGAAAUUAUUUUCCUGAACUGCCAAACUGAGGAGCUGCAGCCACUGGGUCGCCCACAGGACCUUUGUUUGACAAUGAAGUUUUCCACUUUGCAGGUAUCAACCUGGUGGGUGUUGAUUCUCAACUGAAUGUGUUUCAUCUAAAACUACUAUCCUUUAACUCUUCAGGACAACUCAGAUGUCUAUAGCAUCCGUACCUCUGAUUGAUAUUUAAUAGUCACACUUAACAUAAACUUUCAGAAUUUUCCUGAAAGAGUGAGAGUUACUUUUCAAUCUUAAUAUUGUUCCCAAAUUGAACAUCUUGAGAGAUAGAAAAUGCAGAGGUCUUCACAUUAUUGCUA